GACCCCCGCAGUGACCGCCGCGGGUCACACCAGUGCAGGCCGCUCCGCGGGUCGGAGGCCGGACGUGGGCGUCAUUCACUUGCUCCUCGCCUUGCUGCUGCUGCCACCGCUACUGCUGCUGUUGCCGCUGCUGCUGUUUCCUCCGCUGAGGAUCUGCUGUGGUGCUCGUGUGCCGCGCUUGUGGUGCUGCUGGUGCCUCUAAGGCGCCGCCACUGUAACAAGUGCCCGCGGGCCGCCCGCCGCUCACCGCCAGCCGCGUGUUAAGUAACAGCUCAGGCCGCGCCGCCAUGGAGGACGAGGGUGACUACGAGGUGGACUAUGAGGUGGACGACACGGAGGAGUUCCCGGCCACGAUGGACAUGCGCCACUAUGAGCCGGAACCGGAGCCGGAACCGGAACCGGAACCGGAACCGGAAGCAGAACCUGAAUUACAAGUGGUGCAACAAGCGGCCCAUAACCCUGAGCAGGAGGAGGACAUUUCUGACCAGCUGGAGGAGCUGGAGGUGACGGAGCACAAGAAGAAGCGGCACGGCUCCUUCUGGAAGAAGCCGCCCACCUUUGUGUACGCCAGCAACUUUGGGUUCGGCGUGAACAGCUACCAGUCCAUGAUCGACUACCUGGACGCCAAGGACGCCGGCCACCGCGUCAACAAGGACGACAUCCACCUGCCGCUGCUGGAGGAGCGCUGCCUCAAGGAGUACGACGCCGACCGCCCCUUCCGGUGGUAUGACAACCACGACAUCGACCAGUACAUCAUGAAGGGCGAGAAGAUCCGCACCCAGAUCCGCCAGAACGACGCGGUGGGCGUGGGCAGCGUGCUGCGCCGCACGCACACCAACCAUUCCAUGACGCGCAAGUGGAUGCAGCUGCUCAAGAACUCCAACGUGUCUGACUACCGCGAGGCGCACAAAAAGACGGUGGAGGGUGACGUGCACCGCAGUUACCGCUCGCCAAGCCCUGGCGGAGGUCUGUUUUACCCGCCCGGCCAGACCUUGGACUACCCGAACCCCGCCCUCGCGCCAACAGGCCGCUUCUUGGAAGAUCUCGCGAGUGGGUUUGCCAGUGCGCUGCUGUCGCUGGUCCAGAGCAGGAUGGAGCACGAGUACGUGACGGCCGCGCGCCGCUCCAAGCUGGCCGAGAUGGACGACAGGUUCGACAACACGCUCAACGAAAUCAACUCGCUAAUGGGACGCAUCGGGUCGCGUCCCGAGCCGCCGCCGCCGCAGCACCACCUGGACCUCAACGACCUCGACAUGGGGGCCAAAAACAAGAUCCGCCGCGCCGAGGAGCUGCGUGACAUGAUGGACUACGUCAACGAGCUGACUGCGCACAACAGCGCGCGCAACACCGUGCGCGACACGCUGCGCGGCGGCGCCAUGGACAAGGAGAUGUUGGCGCUCAACCACCGCAUCGAGGAUAUGAGCAACUUGCAGAAGGCAGAGCGCAUGAGGGACGUGUCGAGCGAACACGAAAUCGACAUGCUCCGUGCCCAGAUCGCCGCCCGCAGGAACAUGACAACUCCCGGCUCGGCACUCUUGGCAGGCAGCGCCUACGGCUUGCCAAGUCGCGCCCCGCCCACCCAGCCCCCGGUGCUGCUGUCAGCUGUCGACUACCUUGACUGCAAGCCACGCCAGUCCCUGGUGAAGGACAAUGUGAUCUCUGACGUGAAUGCCCGCGUUCUGAAGCGCGCCGGCGAGUUUGCCGAUCCUACCAGCGAGCAGCGCCGCAUCAGGGACCGCGCCCGCUUCGUUAACCUGACAAGGCGCUACCCAGACACCGGCGACAUGGAGCUGCUGGGGCCGCGCUCCCGCACCGAGCAGAACAUCGACCACAUGGCCAAGUCCCUCGCCUCCAAGGGCUCCUUCCAGCGGCGCUACGAGGUGGACGACGAGCUGGACCUGCCGUAUAUGGGGCCCUUCAACACCACGCCCAUCGAGCGCACCGACAACUCCCCCAAGAGCUUCCUGCAGCGCCAGGCGUCCCCCAGCAGGAUGGUGCGCGGCGCCGCCUCCCGCGCCCUGGCCCGCAACAGUCUCCUAGGAUACUGAGCCAAUGACUGACUCCAUCCCGCAGCGGCGGACAUCCCGCAUGACGCCCCUCGCCACAUACUGCCCCCGCCAUCACACUGCUCCGCCACACACACACACACACACACACACACACACAGGAGGUUCCUGUUUUAGCACCACGCCACCACACGCGCCCUUCCCACGCCUCGCUCAGCUCGGAGAAGACAAGACCCACGCUCACGGCAAAAAAGGAGACGAAAUUGAGGAGAACGACCAGGAAGGAGGGCGGAAGGCGACCGAGGAUAGAACGUGCGUCACUCACCGAAACGACUCGUGUUGGGCGACGAGAAGAGACGAACGUUGCCGCGCCACACGACACGACACUUCAACGUUUGAUUCUUAGAGCUUCUACUCAACGACGAUACUUGAUGACGUCAUAACAAUGCCUCGAGUACCAUUACUAUUUGUGUCAACAUGUACCACUACUCUAUCACUACUACUACUACUACUACUACUACUACCCCAAUUAUAACUCACUAUUUCCAUCACUCCAGCUGUCGUUUGUUUCAGCAUUGCCUCUCUCUGACUCUCCCUUCAAAAUACCCCAAAACACUGCGCCCCGUCUGGUGCGUGUUUGUGUCUUGUCAUCAGGAUUAUUUUGUGCUCAUGUUGUUUUCAUUCCUGAGCAAUACGUGUAGGAAACUCAAUAAACGUGAACGAAUAAGGAA